GUGCAACGGGAGAGCAGCGGCGUGGGGGGGGCGGCCGCCGGCCCUACAGGCGCCAAGGGAGCCGCUGCUGACGCGAAGAGGAGAGAGGAAUCCAAACGCAGAGCGAGGGAGGACAACGCCCACCUCAAGGCCAAGAAAAAGGAGGCUAAGAACGCCGUCAGCGUGCAAGAGACGGCCGCGGUUGCCAUGCACUCAGUGGCGUCUGGACUUGGACUGCCCCCCGGCGGAUUAAGCGAGCUAUUUCGGCCAGCGUCCGAACCCGCCCCCGCCGCAGCACCUUCCCCGCAGAACAUUGUAGAUGAAAAGACCGCAAAAUUGAGGUUUUUCGACACAUUGUUCGAAUCUUUCCAAGCCGCCACGAAAAAUCUCAAACAAGCCAAAGCAGAGGCGGCAGGCGGCGACAGCGCGGCGCUAGAAAUGGUCGGGUUUCUGGAAAAAAAUAUUGCGAAGAUUAGAACCGAGAUGGCUGAAUGGGACAAGAGUCCCCUUUGAGGGACAGCCCGCGGUCCCUCCCCGAUUCCACAUGUGCAAGAGCGAUCGAUUGUGUUUUAGUGGCGGUUGGUGUAAGAUCGUUCGUGUGUGGGCGGGGGAGGGAGAGGGCAGAUCACUUUCACUUGCCGUACCGUUUGUCUUUUGUCGGGUGGGUGUUUGACGAGUGCGCCACGUGUUGCACACGCAUGGAGAACGCGCAGCGCACGCUCGAAGUUCGAUGUUUUUUUUAGCCACACACGUACAGCAGUACCGCUUGUCUUUUUUUUUGGUGGUGUUUUUUU